AAUUGCCUUUCAAAUGUCUAUUCUUGGUGUUGGGUUUUAUCAAAUAAAUUUCCCCAAAAAUGCGACUUAUAUAUGUUUUUUUCCUUCUUUAUUAUGCAUUUUCGUCCGGUGCGACUUAUACUCCAAAAAAUACGGUAUUUGCUUUGUUUGCAACAGCCACCUGCCUGGCACCACGCCGUGCUAAAAGAAAUGUGUGUCGCAGGCUGACGCAAAUCUUUGUUUACAGAAUCUUCUCCGCGCGGACCGAGACCCGGGACUCUCCGGCAAAGAAAGAGGCGGUGGAGUAUGCUUCUUCAUCAACAGUAACUGGUGUACAGACCAGAUAACCCAACACUGCUCUCCUGCUCUGGAAUAUAUUUUCAUUCACUGUAAGCCCUUUUACUCACCGCAUGAGAUAAUUUCAUUCAUACUGGUGGCUGCCUAUAUACCGCCCAGCGCGAACGUGCAUGACGCUUAGCGCAAGCUUGCAGGCCAGAUAUUACAUGUGGAACGGUCUUUUCCGGACUCUCUUGUUAUCGUACUUGGUGACUUUAACAAGGGAAAUUUGAGGCAGGAAUUACCCAAGUAUAGGCAGUAUAUUAAAUGCCCGACCAGAGAGGAGAACACUUUGGAUCACUGUUACACUACAACGGAGACGGAAACUGGCUAAACCUGUUAUGAAGACCAUUAAGAAGUACACCGCUGAGGCUGUGGGGGAGCUGUGCGCAUGUUUGGAGACGACAGACUGGGAGGCAAUUGGAGCGGCCACGGGCAAUCUGGACGAGAAUACGGACACUGUGACCUCAUACAUUCAGUUCAAUUAAGCGCGAAUCAUUCCAACGUGCAGCCGGGCUUGUUAUAACAACGACAAGCCCUGGUUCACACCCAAGCUCCGACAGCUGCGCAAGAAGAAGGAGGCUGCGUGGAAGAGCGGGGACCGGAGUACCUACAGAGAAGCGAAGUACCACUUCAACAGGGAAGUGGAGAAAGCUAAAUCUGUGUACUCUAACCGUCUGUAGGAACAGUUCAGCUCCAAUGAUUCUGCGGCCGUGGGGAGAGGGCUAAGGGCCCUUACAAACUAUAAGCCCAAAGUCCCCCAGGCCCUGAGCGAGAGUCUGGUCAUUCUCGCUCAGGGCCUCAACACACAUUACUGUCGUCACAAACGGCCUUCAGCUCAUCAAAGCUCUGCUCCCCCCACCAUCACCCUCCCCACCAACGCCAGCAUUUCAUUAAAGGACUCCAAGAACAUUACAGGACUUCAUCAAAGGCCCUCUCCAUCCGAGAGGAGGAUGUACGCCGGCAGAUCUUGAAGCUGAACACGCGGAAGGCCCCCAGGCCGGAUGGUGUCUCCCCCUCCACCCUCAGACACUGCGUGGAUCACCUGGCUCCUGUCUUCACUGACAUUUUUAACACCUCUCUGGAGCUAUGCCGCGUGCCGUCCUGCUUCAAGACCUCCACCAUUGUCCCUGUCCCCAAGAAACCACGGAUCAAAGGACUUAAUGACUAUAGGCCGGUGGCGCUGACGUCUGUGGUCAUGAAGUCCUUUGAGCGCUUGGUCCUGCCCCACCUCAAGGACAUCACCGCCCCUCUCCUGGACCCACUGCAGUUCGCCAACAGGUCUGUGGAUGAUGCAGUGAACCUGGCCCUCCACUUCAUCCUGGAGCAUCUGGACUCCCCAGGAACCUACGCCAGAAUCCUGUUUAGGGAUUUCAGCUCUGCCUUCAACACCAUCCUCCCUGGACUGCAACGAGACCAACUCUACCAGCUCAGCGUGCCCGACUCCCUCUGCAGUUGGAUCAAUGACUUCCUGACGGAUCGAAGACAGCAUGUGCGGCUGGGGAAGAUUGUCUCGGACAGUCGAACCACGGACACUGGUACUACUCAGGGCUUUGUACUUUCCCGCUGGCUCUCCUCCCUGUAUACAAACCGCUGCACCGCCAGUCACCAGUCACCAGUCCGUAAAGCUGCUCAAGUUUGCGGGCGACACUACCCUCUCCGGCUCAUCUCGGAUGACGACGAGUACGCCUACAGGAGAGAGGUGGACCGGCUGGUGUCCUGGUGCAGCCUCAACAACCUGGAGCUGAACGCCCAGAAAACAGUGGAGAUGAUCAUGGACUUCAGGAAAGUCACAGCUCCACCAUCCCCCCUCACCCUGAUUGACUCUCCCACCCCCGUCUCUAUUGUGGGCUCCGUCCGUUUCUUGGGCACCACCAUCACCCAGGACCUCAAGUGGGAGCCGACCAUCAGCUCCCUCAUCAAGAAGGCCCAGCAGAGGAUGUACUUUCGGCAGCAGCUGAGGAAACUUAAGGUGCCGACCGAGAUGCUGGUGCAGUUUUACUCAGCCAUCAUCAAGUCCAUCCUGACCUCCUCCAUCAUCGUGUGGUUCCCCGGCGCCACAGUCCGGGAUAAGCAUCGACUGCAGCGCAUUGUACGUGCUGCUGAGAAGGUGAUUGGCUGCAAGCUCCCUUCCCUCCAGGACCUGUUCUCCUCCAGGACCAGGAGGCGUGUGGGUCGGAUCACAGCUGACUCUUCUCACCAUGGACACAAACUAUUCUCCCCUCAGGCAGGAGACUACGGUCCAUCCAGACCCACACCUCCCGCCACCUGAACAGUUUUUUCCCCUCGGGCCAUCAGGCACAUGAACAAUAACAAGAUCUGAUAACUCAGUUACAGCUCAUUUUAUUACCUAUUCUGUGUUAUAUGUGUUUUAUGUUGCACGAUUGCACCAAGAAAAAUUCCUAAUUUGUGAACCAGUUCUCAAACAAUGGCAAUGAAAAAAAAAUAAAAUUCUGAUUCUGAUUGUGAUUCUGAAAUGUAAUUCUUAUUGUACAAAUUGUUACAUUGGAAAACGUUGGUAAAACGCAGGCUUCUCAGAGGGUGAGAUAACACCUGGAGAUUACUGGCUUGAAAUUACCAAGGGUAUAGAUGUGUGUGUCCAUGUUAAAGGACACGGCAGGCUGUCUUCUUCUAAUGGAUUUAUUACAAUCUUCGGCAAGCCGGGUAACGUAUGCUGUGGUCUGGAACAAUGUGACACACAAAACUAUCGGAAAUGCAGCCAAUAAUACAUACAGAUACAGACGUCAUGAGACAUGCAAAUAUAAAUUAAAGACACAGAUGACACAAGUAAAGAAAAUUAAAUCAAAUAAAAUAUAUCUACAAACCCAUCUAAAAUGGACUGAUGCAAAGUGGAAAAGUGUUCUGUGGUCUGACAAGUCCACAUCUCAAAUUGCUUUUGGAAACUGUGGACCAAAUAGGAAAAGCACCAUCCGGAUUGUUUUAGGCGCAAAGUUGAAAAGCCAGCAUCUGUGAUGGUAUGGGGGUGUAUUAGUACCCAAGGCAUGGGUAACUUACACAUCUGUGAAGGCACCAUUAAUGCUGAAAGGUACAUACAGGUUUUGGAGCAACAUAUGUUGCCAUCCAAGCAACGUCUUUUAAAUGGACGCCCCUGCUUAUUUCAGAAAGACAAUGCCAAGCCACAUUCUGCAUGUGUUACAACAGCGUGGCUUCGUAGUAAAAGAGUGCGGGUACUAGACUGGCCUGCCUGUAGUCCAGACCUGUGUCCCAUUGAAAAUGUGUGGCGCAUUAUGAAGCCUAAAAUACCACAACGGAGACCCCCGGACUGUUGAACAACUUAAGCUGUACAUCAAGCAAGAAUGGGAAAGAAUUCCAUGUGAGAAGCUUAAAAAAUGUGUCUCCUCAGUUCCCAAACGUUUACUGAGUGUUGUUAAAAGGAAAGGCCAUGUAACACAGUGGUAAAAAAAUGCCCCUGUGCCAACUUUUUUGCAAUGUGUUGCUGCCAAUAAAAAGUUAAUUAUUUGCAAAAAUAAAUGAAGUU